AUGAGUUGGGGUGGUUUUAAAAAAGCUGUAAGCAGAGCUGGUAACAGUGUGAUUAUUAAAAAUGUUGAUAAAGUAACGGACAGGGAGUAUGAUAUGGAAGAACGUAGGUUUAAAACCCUAGAAACAGCAGGAGAAUCUUUGCAGAAGGAAGCAAAAGGCUAUUUGGACUCCUUGAGAGCUAUGACUUCCGCUCAGGUUUCCAUUGCGGAGGUCAUAUCGAAUUUGUAUGAUGACUCCAAAUUUGCUGCUAACAGCGGUGCAAACGUGGGGAACUACUAUUUGCAGUCAGUACAGGAUUUUGAUACUGAGACCGUGAAACAGUUAGAUGGUCCUCUCAGAGAAACUGUGAUAGAUCCUGUCGCAAAAUUUGCUGGCUAUUUCAAGGAGAUCGAUGAAGCAAUAAAGAAAAGAGAUCAUAAAAAGAAAGAUUAUGAAGCUGCCAAAGCUAAAGUACGUAGGCUUGUGGACAAGCCUGCAAAGGAUUCCACUAAAUUACCUAGAGCUGAGAAAGAAUUGACUCUAGCAAAGGACGUGUAUGAUAAUUUGAACGAGCAAUUAAAGACAGAACUACCGCAAUUAAUUGCUCUUAGAGUUCCUUAUUUUGAUCCAAGCUUUGAAGCACUAAUAAAGAUUCAAUUAAGAUUUUGUACGGAUGGUUAUACUAGACUAGCUCAAUUGCAGCAAUAUUUAGAUGCCCAAUCGAGAGAAGAUUACGCAAACGGUCAACUAGAUAUUAAAAUUGAGGAUAUGUUACAACAGAUGAGGAAUUUAGAAAUAUGCACUAUAGGAUUGAAAUAA